AGCCAAGGGUUUUUAUUUAUAAAUUUUCUAUUACCUAAGCAUUAAAAAAAAUUGGGCUCCUCUGUGGUUUACGUACAAUUAUAUGUGCAUGUACACCAAUACACAGGCACACGUAUAUAUUUCAUUUUAUUGAAACAUUCAGAAAAUACUGGGAGUGAAGCCUGACUUGCAAUACAGUUCUCUUUGCUGGCAAUGAGCAUCUGAAAUAAUGACACUUUUUUCUUUAGUGCAUAUGAACUGUUUGUCUCCAGAACAGAAAACCAAAAGUUUAAAAACAAGAUACUCCCGUUGACAUCAAGUCUUCAGAAUUAUUCAUCUGAUGCUUCCUAGUUUCCAACGUUUCGCUUUUUUCGAUUUGCACAGGCAGCUGUUGAACGCUGAUGCUACACAAACGGUUACAAUUGUUUACUUAAGCAAAAAAUGCCACCAGACUGACUCCAUCCUCAAAAUGCAGUCAUCUCGACGGGGGGAGGCAUCACACUUGGGGAGCCUUGCCAGGGGCCAGAUCAUAACCCUGAGGUGACACAGGGUAGGACGCGCAAAACCACCGGCGCCAGGGCGUUUCCGCAGGGUUUCCCAAAAGUCAAACGCAGCGGCUCACGGUUUGCCACGUCCCCCAGGAGAAUGGUAGGCACAGAGAGGAAAUGUGGAGGGGGCACAAACCGCAAGGUGAAGAAAACGAACAAACACCGAGUUGAUACGGAUAGUCCCCGUUCCCCUGAGGGCCGACCCCAUGACUCCCGAUGAGCGUCCAGUUGCGCCGGGCGUCCCUGGGCCUCCCAGCGUCUUUCCCGGAGGUUCAUCGCCCCACGGCGGAAAGCGCUCUCGGUUCCGCUUUCCGGCCCCAGCCUCCCGGGCGCCCUCGCGCGGCGGCUAACGCUGGUCCUCGGCCGGGCGCGCUGACGUCAUCGUGCGACGGAGUGAGCCCGGAUGGGGCGGCGGGCUUCGGGAGCGCCCGGGCUGAUCCGAGCCGAGCGGGCCGUAUCUCCUUGUCGGCGCAGCUGAUUCCCGGCUCUGAGGAGGCCUCUAGGCAGCCGCGCAGCUUCCGUGUUUGCUGCGCCCGCAGUGCGAUUUACAACCCUGAAGAAUCUCCCUAUCCCUAUUUUGUCCCCCUGCAGUAAUAAAUCCCAUUAUGGAGAUUUCGAAACUUUAUAAAGGGAUAUAGUUUGAAUUCUAUGGAGUGUAAUUUUGUGUAUGAAUUAUAUUUUUAAAACAUUGAAGAGUUUUCAGAAAGAAGGCUAGUAGAGUUGAUUGCUGAUACUUUAUGCUAAGCAGUACUUUUUUGGUAAUACAAUAUUUUGUUAGGCGUUUCUGAUAACACUAGAAAGGACAAGUUUUAUCUUGUGAUAAAUUGAUUAAUGUUUACAACAUGACUGAUAAUUAUAGCUGAAUAGUCCUUAAAUGAUGAACAGGUUAUUUAGUUUUUAAAUGCAGUGUAAAAAGUGUGCUGUGGAAAUUUUAUGGCUAACUAAGUUUAUGGAGAAAAUACCUUCAGUUGAUCAAGAAUAAUAGUGGUAUACAAAGUUAGGAAGAAAGUCAACAGGAUGCUGCAGGAAAUGGAAACAAAUACAAAUGAUAUUUAACAAAGAUAGAGUUUACAGUUUGUGAACUUCAAGCCAAAUUCAUUUGACAUCAAGCACUAUAGCAGGCACAGGUUCAACAAAGCUUGUGGGUAUUGACUUCCCCAAAAGUUGUCAGCUGAAGUAAUUUAGCCCACUUAAGUAAAUACUAUGAUGAUAAGCUGUGUGAACUUAGCCUUUAAAUAGUGUGACCAUAUGAAGGUUUUAAUUACUUUUGUUUAUUGGAAUAAAAUGAGAUUUUUUGGGUUGUCAUGUUAAAGUGCUUAUGGGGAAAGAAGCCUGCAUAUAAUUUUUUACCUUGUGGCAUAAUCAGUAAUUGGUCUGUUAUUCAGGCUUCAUAGCUUGUAACCAAAUAUAAAUAAAAGGCAUAAUUUAGGUAUUCUGUAGUUUCUUAGAAUUUUGAUAAUAUAAAUCUCUGUGAAAAAUCAAGGAGUUUUAACAUUUUCAGAAGUGCAUCCACCUUUCAGGGCUUUAGGUUAGUAUUACUCAAGAUUAUGAACAAAUAGCACUUAGGUUACCUAAAAGAGUUACUACAACCCCAGAGAGUUGUGUUCUAAGUAGUAUCUUGGUAAUUCAGAGAGAUACUCAUACUACCUGAAUAUAAACUGAGAUAAAUCCAGUAAAGAAAGUGUAGUAAAUUCUACAUAAGAGUCUAUCAUUGAUUUCUUUUUGUGGUAAAAAUCUUAUUUCAUGUGAAGAAAUUUCAUGUGAAUGUUUUAGCUAUCAAACAGUACUAUCACCUACUCAUGCACAAAACUGCCUCCCAAAGACUUUUCCCAGGUCCCUCGUAUCAAAACAUUAAGAGUAUAAUGGAAGAUAGCACGAUCUUGUCAGAUUGGACAAACAGCAACAAACAAAAAAUGAAGUAUGACUUUUCCUGUGAACUCUACAGAAUGUCUACAUAUUCAACUUUCCCCGCCGGGGUGCCUGUCUCAGAAAGGAGUCUUGCUCGUGCUGGUUUUUAUUAUACUGGUGUGAAUGACAAGGUCAAAUGCUUCUGUUGUGGCCUGAUGCUGGAUAACUGGAAACUAGGAGACAGUCCUAUUCAAAAGCAUAAACAGCUAUAUCCUAGCUGUAGCUUUAUUCAGAAUCUGGUUUCAGCUAGUCUGGGAUCCACCUCUAAGAAUACGUCUCCAAUGAGAAACAGUUUUGCACAUUCAUUAUCUCCCACCUUGGAACAUAGUAGCUUGUUCAGUGGUUCUUACUCCAGCCUUUCUCCAAACCCUCUUAAUUCUAGAGCAGUUGAAGACAUCUCUUCAUCGAGGACUAACCCCUACAGUUAUGCAAUGAGUACUGAAGAAGCCAGAUUUCUUACCUACCAUAUGUGGCCAUUAACUUUUUUGUCACCAUCAGAAUUGGCAAGAGCUGGUUUUUAUUAUAUAGGACCUGGAGAUAGGGUAGCCUGCUUUGCCUGUGGUGGGAAGCUCAGUAACUGGGAACCAAAGGAUGAUGCUAUGUCAGAACACCGGAGGCAUUUUCCCAACUGUCCAUUUUUGGAAAAUUCUCUAGAAACUCUGAGGUUUAGCAUUUCAAAUCUGAGCAUGCAGACACAUGCAGCUCGAAUGAGAACAUUUAUGUACUGGCCAUCUAGUGUUCCAGUUCAGCCUGAGCAGCUUGCAAGUGCUGGUUUUUAUUAUGUGGGUCGCAAUGAUGAUGUCAAAUGCUUUUGUUGUGAUGGUGGCUUGAGGUGUUGGGAAUCUGGAGAUGAUCCAUGGGUAGAACAUGCCAAGUGGUUUCCAAGGUGUGAGUUCUUGAUACGAAUGAAAGGCCAAGAGUUUGUUGAUGAGAUUCAAGGUAGAUAUCCUCAUCUUCUUGAACAGCUGUUGUCAACUUCAGAUACCACUGGAGAAGAAAAUGCUGACCCACCAAUUAUUCAUUUUGGACCUGGAGAAAGUUCUUCAGAAGAUGCUGUCAUGAUGAAUACACCUGUGGUUAAAUCUGCCUUGGAAAUGGGCUUUAAUAGAGACCUGGUGAAACAAACAGUUCAAAGUAAAAUCCUGACAACUGGAGAGAACUAUAAAACAGUUAAUGAUAUUGUGUCAGCACUUCUUAAUGCUGAAGAUGAAAAAAGAGAAGAGGAGAAGGAAAAACAAGCUGAAGAAAUGGCAUCAGAUGAUUUGUCAUUAAUUCGGAAGAACAGAAUGGCUCUCUUUCAACAAUUGACGUGUGUGCUUCCUAUCCUGGAUAAUCUUUUAAAGGCCAAUGUAAUUAAUAAACAGGAACAUGAUAUUAUUAAACAAAAAACGCAGAUACCUUUACAAGCGAGAGAACUGAUUGAUACCAUUUUGGUUAAAGGAAAUGCUGCGGCCAACAUCUUCAAAAACUGUCUAAAAGAAAUUGACUCUCCAUUGUAUAAGAACUUAUUUGUGGAUAAGAAUAUGAAGUAUAUUCCAACAGAAGAUGUUUCAGGUCUGUCACUGGAAGAACAAUUGAGGAGGUUGCAAGAAGAACGAACUUGUAAAGUGUGUAUGGACAAAGAAGUUUCUGUUGUAUUUAUUCCUUGUGGUCAUCUGGUAGUAUGCCAGGAAUGUGCCCCUUCUCUAAGAAAAUGCCCUAUUUGCAGGGGUAUAAUCAAGGGUACUGUUCGUACAUUUCUCUCUUAAAGAAAAAUAGUCUAUAUUUUAACCUGCAUAAAAAGAUCUUUAAAAUAUUGUUGAACACUUGAAGCCAUCUAAAGUAAAAAGGGAAUUAUGAGUUUUUCAAUUAGUAACAUUCAUGUUCUAGUCUGCUUUGGUACUAAUAAUCUUGUUUCUGAAAAGAUGGUAUCAUAUAUUUAAUCUUAAUCUGUUUAUUUACAAGGGAAGAUUUAUAUUUGGUGAACUAUAUUAGUAUGUAUGUAUGGACCUAAGGGAGUAGUGUCACUGCUUGUUAUGUAUCAUUUCAGGAGUUACUGGAUUUGUUGUUCUUUCAGAAAGCUUUGAAUACUAAAUUACAGUGUAGAAAAGAACUGGAAACCAGGAACUCUGGAGUUCAUCAGAGUUAUGGUGCCGAAUUGUCUUUGGUGCUUUUCACUUGUGUUUUAAAAUAAGGAUUUUUCUCUUAUUUCUCCCCCUAGUUUGUGAGAAACAUCUCAAUAAAGUGCUUUAAAAAGA